AUGACGGCCACGCUGAGAAUCCUCCAUUCCACAAACAGCGCCACGGCGGCGGUGCCGCCGGAGGCAAUGCCGGUGGGUUCAGACUUCAUCGUGAUCCUAGCGGCCCUUCUCUGCGUCCUCGUAUGUCUGGUGGGCCUCAUCGCCAUUGCCCGCUGCGCCUGGCUCCGCCGCCGAACUGUCAAAAGGUACGGCCACGGGUUCCACGUGACCUGCAUAGACACUUGGCUUGGGUCCCACUCCUCGUGCCCCUCCUGUCGAGCCAUAUUAGCGGUGGCUAGGUGCCAGAAAUGUGGCCAGUACCCGGCGGAGCCGCCACCGUAGCCGUUUCCAGUGAAAUACGUAUGUGCAGUCAUUAGCAUUAGCAACUUUUCAAUCACAAACAAUAAUAUGUCAGUAUGUCACGGCUGU